AUGUUUCCCAUGUUUCACUUCCAAAAGGAGCAUGUUGUGGCGCUGUUGCUUUUCAUGUCAUCUUUGAAUUUUACCUCCGGUGGGAAGCUCCUGGUGGUACCCAUGGAUGGAAGCCACUGGCUGAGUAUGCAGUCUGUCCUGAAACAACUCAAGCAGAAUGGCCACGAAGCAGUCGUCGUUGCGCCCGAAACAAACAUACACAUAAAACCAUCAGAUGAUCUUUAUACUAUGAAAACGUAUCCAGUGCCUUUCACACAAGAAGAGCUGGAGGAAAAAUAUCGAGAUGGUAUAAACGGCAUAUUUGAAGAGAUCCCUUUUCUAGUUAGGUUUGUUAGAACCUAUAACAGGGUGAAAACUACGACUGCUUUGUUAUAUUCCGCUUGCACGUCCUUAUUGUACAAUCAAGAACUGAUGAAAUACUUUGAGCAGAGCAAGUUUGACGCUCUUUUCACAGAUCCGAUGAUGCCCUGUGGCCAGAUAGUGGCUGAGUAUCUUGGCAUCCCUUCGAUAUUUUUCUUGCGAGGGAUUCCCUGUGGUUUAGACUCUGAAGCUCUUCAGUGUCCCAGCCCUCCUUCUUACGUUCCAAGAAUAUUUACAACAUAUACAGACCAUAUGACGUUUGCCGAACGUGUGAAGAACCUCCUGUUCCGCCUGUCAGAAUCCUUCCUUUGUGGUUUUCUUUACUCCCCUUAUUCAAAUCUGGCUGCAGAGUUUCUUCAAAAAGACAUGACUGUCACAGAACUUUUGAGUCACGGAUCAGUUUGGCUGAUGAGAGCAGACUUUGCAUUUGAUUAUCCCAAACCAUUAAUGCCUAAUAUGGUUUCGAUUGGAGGGAUAAACUGUGCCGGGAAAAAAUCCUUAACUCAGAUUUUAUAUGCCCGAUCACACAGCAACAUCUGCCUCCUGUCCCCGAGCCGUUGA